CUGCUGCUGUCAGAGCGAGAAGAGCAAACAGAGGAAGUUUGCGCACAUCAAGGCGACAGGAUAACACAAAUAACGAAAGAUGAAGAAGACCUUUUUUCUAUCUCCAGCUUCUGAUUGAAACUGUCACCCUGUUUUGGAAAGGUCAUGGACCCCAUCUUACAUGAGAGGCUACAUAAGCAUGAAGCUGGAUUCACUCUACAGAUCAUUUAUGACACCUCGCUGUGAUUGUCCAAACAUGAAAAGGAGUGAGGAAAUCAAGACAAGACGACACAGAUGAUGGAUUUCACCCAUGUGGGAAGAUGAACCCCAGACCAGUUCAAUAAACCCUUUCUUUGUUUUUAAUUUAAUUACAUUUUUCAGCUUUUUGCUAUUUUUGAGACAUAGGACCGUUUAAUUUGCUCCAGGGGAUACUGAUGCCGUAACAUAGGGGCCUUCCAGGGAUCUCACUACUGAUUGAGCAGCAGUGUCCAUGCAGUUGGCUCUACUGAAAGUCCACCCCGCACUGAUAUAGGUCAACAACACUCUUGCAAUUAGCUGUUGAAGUACCACCUUACCAAAACAUUCCAGCACUAUUUCUCCAUGCAUACCCACAACACCCUCCAUUCUGAUUUCUUCAGCCAUACAUAACCUUCUAAAGGUUGCAAACACCAUGUCCCAUCCCCUGGAUAACACCCAUGCCUCUGGGAACCAAUCAAGUGUACAAACAAGGAGGGAACCUUACAGGCCAUUUUCUUGCCUUGAGCCUGGGUCUAGCUUCAGCUCUUCUGGUGUUUCUUCUAUGACUCUGGCUGAUGCUCCGGAUAGUCACUUUACCAGCACUCCUAGAGAGGAGUUUCAUUCCUCAAGCACUGCAGCAAGCAAUCCGAUGUCCUCACCCUCUCAAAGACUCUCUGAUGUUCAAAGUGUCCCUAGCUCAGUGGACUGGUUGCCAAGCUACAAAAGUGAAAUGGAGAAUGAUUUUUCUAAAUUGUGUUCAUCAUCUGCUUCUACCAGAAAUGAAAGUAGCAGUGACUGUAUGUUUGUUGCUCCAAGUGAAGGCGAAUGUGAUACCCAGUCCAUUCCAGGUUUAGGCGGUUAUGACUGUCAAGUGCUUGACAAUUCUGUGGCCCAUGGAGAGUACAGGUACCCUGAGUACACUUCAGAAGAAGCUGCUAACAUCCUUUUACGUUUUGGACUUGAAAAAGAGGACUUGGAAUAUCUGAUUUCUUACCCUGAAGACCAGAUAACCCCUGGCAACCUGCCUUUUAUCCUGCAACAAAUCCGCAAUCAAAAGGCAACGAAAGUUAUAAAUGCAGCUCAAUCAAAACAAAACCCUGACCCUCAACCCACCACCAGUAUGAGUGGAAGGGACAGGUUGAGUACUUUGAGAGGGGAAGGGAUGCUCCAGGAUGAAAUGUCACCUUUUGUCCAACCAAGUAAAGUGAUAGACUAUGGACAUACUGGCAAAUAUACUGGAGGCUUUGGACAUGAGAUUGGAAGUAGCAGCAGCAGUAGAGCUUGUGGUGGUGGGAGUAAAAGUAUGUCGCUGAUGGACUCUUAUGAUGGUAGCACCCACAAUAGAGAACUACUGCAAAAAAGUACAACAGAUUUGAAAAGCAGUGCCUUGGGUUCUUCAUGUGACCAGUGGGGUACCAAUUCCAGUCCGAGCUCAAUCCAAAUAUGUGUGUCUUCUCCAAGCAGUGAUCCAUGUCAACGAUCACGGAUCCAACUAAACCAGACUUCUCAAAAAGUCAACAGCUCUUUUUCACUGCCAAAGGACGACACAGACACAAGAUUUUCUAAGAAGCCUGAGGUCUCCAGGCUGGUUCUCUUUAAAGAGCCACAGCCAGAUGGGCAGUCAGCAUUAAAAUCUCAACCAUCUCUCAGCGUGGUCUGUGUUGUGCAUCCUGAUAAUGAUGACAUUUGCACUAAUGAACAGGGCACAACUCAAGAAAAAUACUCUAAGCUUGCUGAAGAGAUGACCAAGCAGCAGAUGCGACGACUAAGAAGACGCUCUAAACGGAAACGGGCCAGGAAGGCUGCUGCAAAACCAAUUUCUCCACUUUCUUCCCAGCGCAGUAUCAUCACUGUUCCUCCCAUUCUACCUCAGCCAAUCCCAAGCUCAGUAAACAUCAUCCACAUGCCGGUUCCACCUUCCAACAACCAGUGCUCAGCAAAUGGGGAACUUUCAAAGGGUCUCCCAACAAUGGCCAUGAAGCAAGACUAUGCUGCAGCCACACCGAAAGUCUUUCCACAUACCUGUGCUCUGUGUUUGCAAGCAUGUGCUAAUAUGAAGGAUUGGAUCUCACACCAGCAUACCAGCGUUCACAUCGACAACUGCAAACUCCUUCGGAAACGAUACCCAGAGUGGGUAUCAUUGCCAAGUACUAUAGGUACAGAAAACAAGUCUUCACCCUCCACUUCCGCUGCUCAAACCUCCCGGCAUCGUCAUCAGAAUGAGAGUCGUUCCCAUUCUCGGUCACAGAGCCCACAGCGACACCUUGGCCCAGAUGGAAGAAGGGUUAAAUGUAGUAGCUAUUCUCCUCCUCAUUCACACAGCCCUUAUCGACAAAUCUUUGAGGGUAGAAGCGAGAAACUCAGGAGUGGAUCACAAUCGCCACACAGCUCCAGACGUACUUGCAGGUCCCAGUCUUGUUCUAGCUCACCACAGUAUAAAGGCCUCACCCCCCACUGUCAUCAGUCACGGUUGGGGACCCAUGUGCAACGAUCCGACACAAAGGGAAGAAAUGAAAAUGUGUUAUCACUAAAGAGAUCCUCACCAAGAAGACACGAGACACAGAUGUUACCUAGUGGAGACCUUAAAAGACCUCCAUCGGUGGAGAGAUCAUCCCCUCAGCAAAAGAAAUUGAAAAAUGUUGAGUCUUUGCCCGACCAGCCUAAAUCGGAGAGCAUGGUGAAAACUUUGGCCCCUGUCUUACAUCCUGAGCUAGCCAAGAUGAAGUCACCUUUAUCAUCAUCAUCUGCCACCCCUUCCUUUUCAUCCUCCAGUGCAGCAAAGAAGGAAAUGACUACUAAGUUGCUUAAAGCUAUACCUAGCCUUCAGAAGGGUGUGGCAAUUUUCUCUGCAAAGUCUAAGUGUGGUAAAUCUUGUCCUCCAACCAUGGUGAAGCUAAAUGGGAUUUGUGAUACCAUUUCAUACAACGAUGUGGUUGAUGCUGUGGAACUCUUUGGAAAAACCAAGUCAGUUGUAUUGUUCAGGUCCAAACUACAGGCAGUUGCCUGUUUUGAGAAAGAGGAAGAUGCUGAGAAACUGAGAAAAAUAAAGAAACUCAGCGUAAAAGGAGUGGAAGUCAGUGUUUUGAAAGUAAAGGAUGCUGUUUCUAGGAAUCCUCUUAUGACUUAUUCAACAGAGCAAAAGAAGCUUCCUCAGCAGCAAUAUGCCCAGUCCGGUAUCACCAUGCCUCAAACUGGUGAAUCCACUUCCAUCGGAAAGGUUAACUCUCUGCUUGAAAGACCCUUACCUUCUAGAACCAAGCAAAGUACAGCAGGAAACCUUGUCACUCAAACAGAAGGCCUGGUUUUCAAAACUAAAAGUGUCCUCACACAGCAGAUGGUCAAAACUGUAAAACAGAGCAACAUACCUGCAAAAGGAGGAGUGGCAUUGGUUGAAACAAAAGAAGACGCUUCAAAAUUUGUUGGAUCCAAAAGUUCCGAAAUGUUGCCUGUUGACUUCGAAGAAGAUCAAUUCAAUAAUUGUGACACCAAUGCUCAUGAAUCUGUGGUUGCACCUUUUGAGUCAGCCCAAGUUGAUCCAUCUUCAAAAGUGAAUGUUGCUGAACCAGUUAAAGCCACAGAAACUGUCAUUCAGCUAAAAGGGUUGGCUCCUGAAGGAGAAACCUCAACUACACAGGUCCAAGAAUGUACAAAGGUGUCUGACGACAAACACGUUUUUCAAACAAGUUUAAUACCUUCUGAAAUGACACAGCAAGAAGAUUUUGCUAAAGCUAAUGUUAAGGCAAAAUAUGCUGAAGCAUUGGAGCCUGGGAACACAAGGAGUUCUACUGUUACCUCCCUGACUGUUGGGGAGAAGUUGGACAAGCACCUGUAUACGAAGUUCACUUCAUGUUGUUUGAGUGUGAAGAAAGCCCUAUCACCAAGUUUUAAGAAUAAAGUGUUGUUAGUCACCUACUUACCAAAAUAUCACGAUGGCUGCUACACUGAGGAGGAUUUUGCUAAUCUACUCAUCCCAUUCGGGUUUCAAUAUAUGGAUGAGAACAUCUACAUUAGUCCUAAGAUGUGCAUGGCCUUUGUCCUCAUGCCGAAUGUGCAGGGCCUGCAGAACCUCAUCAGGGCAACAAAGAGGAACAGCAUUGUUCUCAAUCAGUCUACACUUCGUUUGAAGCCCAUGAACUAUGCCCUUCCAAUGAAUCCCAUUGGAUUUUAUAAAUCUAUAAUGAAAAAGUUGUCGUAUGACAUGACUGAUGAUGGAUCAGCGACAAUCUACAUCAAGAACAUCUCACCAAGCGAGGCCAUAGAUCUCAGAGAAGCUUUGAAAAAGAUUGAUUCUUUGAAAAACUACCUGCCUCUUCUCAACAAGGUGUUUGUGGAAUUUAACUCUAUUUAUGAUGCGGAUCGACUCGGAGUUUGGUACAGCCUCCUGAAACGGGGCUUUUGCCACACAGUGUACAGGCUGAAAAUACCACGACUUGAAUGUACAUCACAACCACCAAGACUGGCAGCGAAAGCUUUGCCGGGCAGCAAGGAUAUUGCUGACGGGGUAACUGUCCCAACAACAAAUUGUGGUGUUCCACGGGGCAGCACCUCACCAUUUUGGGUCACAAUGACAACUUAUCCCUUUGUGUUUCCUACUGUGUCUCCUUGGUUCAUCAUUCCAGCUUAUUUGACUGUCAAUGGACUGAAUGACAUUAAGAAAGCCCAGUCUCAAGGUGCCGUGUUUUCCACAAUCAUGUUGACUGGUUUGCCAGAAGAAAACUACAAGCACGAGGACGUCACCAGACUGGUGUGGCGUUAUUUCCUUGGGACUAUACUAUUCUACAAUGUGAUAGUUUUAUCGCUGCAGAGGAGGGCCUUUGUGUUUUUCAAUGACUGGAAUACAUGCUGUGAGUUUGCCAGAGAUCACAUCAAAAAUCCAAUUUCUGUUGGAGGCCGGGUGCUCGACAUCCAUUUUGUGUUACAGGACAUGCAACCUGGAACCAGUCAGGAGACCAUGUACAGAACCAUGAUGAAAUGGAGCAAUGCUCAUGUUCCAGAGUCUGAGUCUCUGGAGGAGCGGCUGCUGUGUGUGGAGAUGACUGAAAUGGCGAUGCCCCUCGUCACAAUGAUCAUGGAAGUGGUGGCAUCCAUUGCUUCUUUCGUCAGAUUCCUGCCACUUGCCAACAGGAUUUACAUUGAGAUGUCUGAAUCCCGUGGUGUAACACAAGUGUUGGAGAGCAUUCACUCAACAGACUACUCAUCUGUGAAUCAGAUUUGGAGUAAAGUUGGACGCAUUGAAUCGUUGAAGAGUCUCAAACAGUGUUUAGAGGACUUCAAUGAAAUCACAGUAAACCCUGAACGGGACACUCACUUUGACGAUGUUCACCAGCUCAAAACAAUUAAUGGGUGCAGGACACCAAGCAAAAAUACAGAUGAUUUUGUAAAUGAAGUGCCUUCAGAGCAAGAUGAGCAAAGUUUCAACUUGGAGGACUUUGUUAUUAUUGAUGAAAUUGGUGAAGACAAAGCAGACACAGAUGUUGAUCACAAGAGCUCAUCUUCAGCUAAGAAGACCUCCAGAGAGAAGAGAGAAUGGCAAAGCUCAGAUGUGUCAUUGUCAUCAAAACGGGCCUUAACAAGUUCCUCGAAAGACUAUAAGAGCUCAGCCUCUUCAUUUUCCUCUUUAUCUGAGCCCAAUGAAGCCACUGUGAAAAGCACCAAGCAUUCUAGGCUCAGCAAGACUGCAGUCACAAAGUCAUCAGAGAUGCAACCAGUUCCAGAGGGACAGGAUUUAGAGUUGACAAGCCAAACUUGGAUUUUGCAAACUGAUUUUAAGGAUGGCACACUUAAAGAGUUGAAGGAAACCAAAGGAAAAGAUGGUGAAAAGGAUGACACUGGCAGACAUCAAGAGGAAGAGGAGGGGGAUGAUCGAGACAAUUACCAAAUCCUUGAUUCUUUCAAUGACCAAACUGAUGAACAGAUGGAUGAAGACAGGAACAAAGAUGGCAACACUGAAACAAAGUCAACUAGGCUUGUGCAGGGUCACAGAUUGCAUGAGGGAGACCAGGACUUGUACAGUAAAGCCUGCCCAGAGGAGUGCAAUAAAAUGGAUGUUUCUCUCCAAAUGCUAGAAUAUGUUACUGAAGACCAAGCAGCUAUUGUUCACAGUCAUCUGGUCAAAGAUGAAGGUUCCACAGUAAAACAGCUGUCUGAGGAUGAUGUGAUUCAAGAUAAUGAAAAUUCUGAUAAUUCUGCAACUGAUGAAAUGUUGGAUUCAAGUAAGACUCAAACUCCAAGGACCAGUGGAGAUGGAAGCAGGAGUAAAGAAAAAGAAAACAUGCUUUCAGAAGAACCUUUCAAACUCUCUGAAGAUGCUGGUCGAAUCUCAAAUAAGGACCAACUUCUUAAAGACCAAGACAAUAAAUGCACUAUAGCAGAUGGCACUGAAAAAGAAGCCUUUGAUAUAUUGGAUUCAGUCAAUGAUCAGAUUGAAGUAGAAGAUGACAUCCUGAAACUUCAAACUCCCAGUGACCAGAUAUCUAAAGCAGGCACAGAAGAAGAGGAAGACACAUUCCAGGUAAUCGAUUCUGUGGAGGAUGAGCCAAUAAGCACAGAGAAAGAGUUGGAGGCUGACCAGAAGGAAAAAAGAACAAAAAAAUAUGAUGCUAAAAGAGCUGAUAGACCAACAAGUAGGAAUCAGUCGAGAAACAGGACAUCCCAAAGGGAAGAGAAAGGGAAAUCAUCCAAAAAACAGAUUCAGACAUUUGAGAGAAUGGACAGCACCAUCAGGAUCAAUGAGGCAACCGAGGAAAUGGUCUAUGAGAUAGUAGAUUCUCUUGAGGAUGAAUCAGUUCAAGAUGCCUCUACCACAGAAAGGUCUGAUAGAAGGUGGUCUGCUCGAGAAAAAAAUGAUAAAAAGGCAUUAAGAAAACCUUUUAAAAAACCUGAUGGAGAAGAAGAUGCUAAUUAUGAGAUUUUAGAUUCUAUUGAGGAUGAGGUUGCCAGUGACCGAACAACCAUCAUGACAAGAUCAACCAGAGGAAGAAGGGAAAUGGCAACUAAAGAAGUAGGCUAUAAAAAAGACAAGACACCAACGAGAAGUAGCGCUACACCUGCCAGAGAUUCACAGGAACCAAACAAGGAGGAAGCUCCAAAGGCAGAAGACAAAAAACUUAUAAAAGAUGGCACACCAAUAAAGAAGAGUUUCUUCAUAAGAGACCUACGUAAGAAGGAAGAUGCCUAUGAAAUAUUAGAUUUGGUGGAGGAUGAGGCUGUUAUGCCCACAGAAAAACCACUAAGGGGAACACUAAAAGAAAUUAAAGAAGUUAUAAAACAAACCACAUUGAAGUAUGAUACAUCUGAUAAAGUAGCUGAUGAAGAGGCCACUACAUAUCAGAUUCUUGACUCUAUUGAGGGUGAGAUGGGUGAUGAUCAGCCUUCCAGAGGCCAGAGUGCAAAAGAGUCAACAGUUUCUAAAGAUGGUGAGCAAAGCACUCUCGAGCCCCAGUCACUCUGCCAAGAGAACCAAUCACCAGAGUCCUCAAACCCAGAGGGUUUUGUGACUGUAGAUGAAGCAGGUGAUGAUGACGAAAGGAAGGUGGAUGAAGAGGAAGAAAAGCAUGGGAAUUUUGUGACAGUAGAUGAAUUGUGGGAGAUUGAAGAGGAAGAAAAUGAAGCAAUAACAACCAAGACAAGCGGUCGAGCCAAGAAGAGAACGAGACAGACCCAUGUGAGAAAACCUACUAGUGGGAAACAAGAAACCAAAAAAGAUGAGAGAGAAGAUAAAAUUGAAUCACUGCCUCCCACAUCACUGGAUUCCUUUUUAUCACCACCGGACAGGGAGUUGUGUGCACUGUCACGUGAAGGCCAAACAAAGAUUUGGAAAACUGAGGAGGAAGCAGCUAGACGAUCCAAUAUGGAUCCUACAUCUGCUGAGCAGCAGCCAGAGCCGGACUGUCUUAACAAGCAGCCACAGAAUGGAGAGGGCAAGCAAAGACAGAGCAGGACCGACCUUAAAGCCUUCAGUAAACAAAGAAGCAAGCUUGUUGAACCCGAAGCAAAGCGGUCUCGUUUUCAGUCUCCUUGUGUCACCGAUAACUUGGACCUGCCUUUCGACCCCAACAUCCCACAUGGUCAAGAGUAUGUGGUCCCUAAAUGGGGGUAUUUCUGUAACCUCUGCUCUGUUUUCUUUCUGGCUGAGAGCACCGCCAAAGACCUACACUGUAGAAGCCAGAGACACUACAACAACCUGCAGAAACGUCACCAUGAGCUUAGACAAAGACGCUCAGGAACAUCAACAAGAAAGCCUCAAGACUCUGCUUCUGUCUGAACGUUUAUUACUGAAUAUUUGACCCUGGUAUAAGUUUGGCCCCUAUCACCUUUGAAAGCUAGAUUUUUAUUUAUUUGGAGGAAAAAGGACAAAGUUAUAAGGAGGAAAAAGCUGACAGGUAGGUAGAUUGUGUAGUGGUGACUGAGUUGUUGUGGUCAGCACGAUGCUACAGUUCAGAUUGUUUACUUCAAAUGUUCUUCUAGGCACCUCGGUGUGCUACAGUUUAACUCUCCCCCAACGGGUCAGAAUUAGAGUUUACAGUCAACUGAAUAUUAAAAAAAAAAUAAAUCCAGGGGAAACCUGGAAAUAACACAGGCGUCAAAUUUCUCCAGGCCAUUUUGGCUUUAACAGUAGACAGUUUUGUCUGUGGUAAAUAUUCUUGCUUAUGUUUACAACUGUUAAUGUAACAACAUGGGUGUAUAUGUGUGUCAAUGGCCAGGAAUCCUGUAUUUUAAAAGAAAAGAAGCAUAAAAAAAUGAAAAGAUAAAACUCCUUUGUUUGCACUGUGGCUCAACAAGAUCUGCUUAAUAUGCUGCACAUAGUGUUGAGAUACCAGCAGUGGAACGCGUGUUGAAAAGUAUAGAGUUCUUUUGGAUUUAUUUACAAUGUCUAUACGGUCCAAAUAAGAGUGUAUUAAAUAAAGAUGUUUCCAGAUGUAGGGCUGUGUGCUGGUGUGGUGGUUAGGACUGUCCUGGAUUCUUCUGUGUGGAGUUGGCAUGUUCUCCCAGUGCCUGUGUGGCUUUUUUCACAGUCCAAAAACAUACAUUUAUGAUUCUAAACUGGCUGUAGGUGUGAAUGUGAGCAUGAAUGGUAGCCCAUCUCUCUGUGUUAGCCCUAUGGCAGAGUACCAUAGACCUGUCCAGGGUGUACUCUGCUUCUCAACAUCUGACAGUUGGGAUAGGCUCCAGCCCACCCUCAAUGGAUGGAUUCCAGAUGUUGUCAGGGUCAAAACUGUCAAGCAGAUGAAGGUUUGAGUCUAAGAGUUAAGUUUGUUUGCCAGCUGGUAGUUGUCACAGACUGGUUUCUUUAUAUGGGCUCUCCACUGCUGUGGCAUGCAGUGGGUAUUUCAGGGACAGGUCAGCGGGCCUCAGGUUUUUCAGCUGUGUGAUGCUGGCUUGUGAGCCAAGCAGAGGUUGUAGCUGAUGACAAACACAACUGUUUGAACUGUUUCUUCCUUUAACCCUCAUCUUACCAACUGAGGUCUGUGCAGACUCCAGAGGUAUUUUCGUUUGUUGUCAUAUUUCACAGGUGUUUUUUAAUCAUUCCUUUUUUUAAUGACUUUGGUAAUCAAUUUGUAUCUAAUGAUGCCACAUUGUUUUCUGUUUUGGUGUCAUGAGCUCUGGACACCUCCUAGGUGAGGCGUUUCAGGGGAUAGUGUGGAUUGUAGUUUUGAUUAAAGCUGCAAGUUAUAGAUUUUCGUUUUACAAAAUAUGCAAAUCAAUUGUAACUUUGCAACAAUAAUAAUCUGUUUUUUUUCUUUAGAUGACAUUAGUUACCUAACUAAUAGUGCUUUGAGAAGAAAUAAGUUUUGUCAGUAUUAUUAUUUUGAUUAUUAUGAUUGCUUAUCACAGUAAAUUAUUCUUGGAGUCCACGUAUGUUAAAUAUUUUGGUAGGAUGAGGGAUAAAUAUGCAAGACUUUGCUACAACAUGGCUCUUUGACUGUUAACUUGUUCAAAAAUCUGUCAUAGAGAAUUUGGGUUGCACAAACAAAUAAGAACACUUCACCUGUAAAUCUGAGAAACAUUUUCUUAAGAGUGUGGUGUUCUCCACUUGCUUUAUGGAUGCAAGAUUUAUGGUGGAGACUUGGAGAGAUGUCUCCAGAGAGCGGGGGGGACGGUCCAACGCGUGCAUGUGAGGAUGUUCUGUCGUAUGGAUUUCUGAGCAGAGAAGCUUGUUAAUCUCCAGUUUUCUACCUUCAGUGGUUAACGGUACAUGUGUUGGUCUGUGGGAUGCUGUUGCUUUGUGAUAUUUUUGUUUUGUUUCUUUUUAAGGGUAUAAUUCUGUCAUAUUUGUGCUGUAAGUAGUAGCCAUGGUGGAGAUUCUUUAUGGCUUUGAAAACUGUGGUCUGAUUUGAAUAUCGUGAAGCCACCGGGCUGUGGUUUCCCACUGAGGAAGUAGUGAGUAAACUAGUGCACUUUCAUUGUGUUUAAACAUGAGGAUUCAUGUUUAGAAAGAAAUAAUUGUGUUGUCUUUAUGAAAUGAGUUGCGAUGUGUGCCACAGCCUUCAGCCAACUGCCUUGUAGACUGCAAUUUUCGAGACUGUGUCGCAUCUCAUGCUGCUGAAGUGUUUCUUUUCCUUUGGGAGCUUUGAAGAAUAUAUUUUGUUGUGACCUAUAUAAGGUAAUAGAUAUAGAUAUUUAAUGCUCCAAUUCUGCAGUGCAUAAUGCUUGAAAGAUACAUACAAAAUAAUGUGGUUUCUUAAACGCUUUUAUUCUCUGCCUACUGACAAAAACGAGACUAAAAAUUAAAAUUGCAAGAUACAGAAAAAAUUUUUCUAUUAGGGUAACAGAGAUAAUAUAAAUAUUUCUGCUACCCAAACUAUUUAAAUGUGUAUUUUAUAAAAAAGUUGCCAGUGUAAUACUUGUUUUGUUCUGACGUUUACUCAGGUAUAAAAAUGCACUUUCAUACUGAAAAAUAAAAUUUGAUUUUUUUUGUA